CCCAGCCUGGCUCAUCUAAGGGGUGGAAUGGGUGGUAUGAUAGCCUUAGGUGGAAAAUGGGCAAUUACCGCUCAAAACUGCGUCGAGCUGGAUGCUUGGAGGUAUCCAUAAAUGGUGGGAAAAGAAGAGGACUACAGCCUCAGAGAAACAUCAAAAGACCCAAGAGGUUUGAAAUCAAUUUUCUACCGAACUUCCCUGAUGGUGAAGAUGAAGCCAGCAUGGAGUCCAAAAGAAAAGAGAUGGUGGAAGAAAUGAAGAAACGUCGUCUUAACGUUGCACUGAUAGCCCGGAACAUAAAUUCUACAUUUGCCUUGUGUAGAAAGGAAUUGAUAGAGAAGGAGCUUGCUGUGAAGAAUACAGUGGAAAGGUGGCCAGCCCUCUUCACACAGAGUCAGAUCAUGGCAGAGUUUAAUCGUAUAUCUGGCAAAAACCUGCAAACUGAAUUCUUUCAAGAACUGGACAGAUUUACUCCACGUUUCAUCGAUAUCUUCAGGGCUAAAGGUGGAGACAUUGGUUCCAAACUUAAGAAGAUUCUGCAGCAGAUUGAAAAUGACAAAUCGAACAUCAAUGCGGGACGAACAGCCGUUCUUCACGGCCUACCACUCCUCCUCGGAGAGGACCCCUCCGAUUUUUACAAGACAUGUUUUGACUGUGAUGACAAUGAAGACAUGUCGGACGUUGAAAUAGGUAUUCUGACAGUGAUUCCCGAGGACUCUGCAACUGUACCCUACUCCCUGCAUCUUGGUGCCACAACAACGGCAAUCAUUUUGGAAGGUACAGUGGUUGUGGAUGAUCUUGAAAAUCUUCCACAAGCAACGUGUCUGCUCUUUGGACUAAUUUAUGCUCUAAACUUAGAGUAUCCUGCAGCACUGAAAUGCACAUUCGACUUCAUACAAAGAGUGAUUUUGUCCCUUGGCCACAAGUCACUCAAACCUAAAAUCCAAUCACUGAAAAAUCGCCUGCUGCAGUAAUAGAUCAUAGCCAUGAUGCUAGUUUGAGUGAAUAGAAGCUGUCUUUAAGAAAACUAAAGAAAUUGUUCAGUACUGUUUUACGGAUACUUCAGUUUUUUUCCAAUUGU